GAAGAAGAAGAAGAAGAACCACCGGCUGAUGCUGGGCGGAGCACGAAGACGGAAGUGGAGCCACAACAACCGUUAAAAAUAUAAUGUUAUAUUUGUAGAAAUGCAUUUCAUAUUCCCCACGUUUAUCCCUAAGUGCUGAGGUCACAAGCGUUUGCAUGAAGCCUUUGGAGUCAACAGGUACUUUAUACUACUGAGCAACACUAUGGAGGAGACAAGUCGGGAGGCGGUUGCCACGGCAGUGCAGCGUGUAGCGGGGAUGCUGCAGCGAUCGGACCAGUUGGACAAAGUGGAGCAGUACAGAAGAAGAGAGGCCCGCAAAAAGGCCUCUGUGGAAGCCAGGCUGAAGGCAGCCAUCCAAUCCCAGCUAGAUGGUGUUCGCACUGGACUGACCCAGCUGCACAGUGCCCUGCUGGAUGUCAAAGAUAUCCAGGGCUCAUUGGCUGACGUGAGCAAAGACUGGAGGCAGAGCAUCAACACCAUAGAGAACCUGAAAGAUGUCAAGGAUGCUGUAGUUCAACACAGUCAGCUGGCCUCCGCUGUGGAGAACCUUAAAAACAUUUUCUCUGUACCGGAGAUUGUGACAGAGACGCGAGAGCUGAUCGAGCAGGCAGAGCUGCUGCAGGCUCACAGGAAGCUGAUGGAGCUGGAAUGUUCACGAGAUGACCUCAUGUAUGAGCAGUACCGUAUGGACAGCAAGAACACAAGUGACAUGAACCUCAUCUCCAACUACUUUGAAGACGUUCAGGGCUUGUCAGAUGAGCUGGCCAAACAGUUAUGGAUGGUACUGCAGAGGUCCAUGGUAACGGUUCGUCGGGACCCCACCAUGCUGGUGUCAGUGGUUCGCAUCAUUGAGCGGGAGGAGAAGAUUGAUCGACGUAUGGUCGACCGUAAGAAACAGACUGGGUUUAUCCCACCUGGGCGACCCAAACGGUGGAAGGACAAGAUGUUCGAGGUGUUGGAGGGUACAGUCAGCACCCGCAUUGAGGGCACCCAGUCUGUGACCAGAGAGGCUGAUAAAAUGUGGCUGGUUCGUCUUCUAGAAAUAACCAGGAAAUAUGUUCUGGAUGACCUCAUCGUUGUCAAGAACCUCAUGGUGCAGUGCUUCCCUCCACACUACAACACUUUCAACAGGUUUUUCAGUCUCUACCACAAUGCUGUGUCCAUUCGUGUCACAGAACUGGCCUCUGAGGACUUGGAGGCUAAUGAGAUUGUGUCCCUGCUAACCUGGGUCCUCAAUACAUACAAAAGUGUGGAGAUGAUGGGCCAUCCAGAGCUGCGCUCAGAGUGUGACAUAAACCAGCUGGAGCCUCUGCUGCCUCAGCAUGUAGUAGACGACCUGCUCAGCAAAUAUGUCAAGACUUUUACAUCUAAUAUUACAGGCUGGCUGCGGAAGGCCUUGGAAACAGACAAGAAGGACUGGCAGAAAGAAACAGAGCCUGAGGCUGACCAAGACGGAUACUAUCAGACCACAUUGCCUGCCAUUGUCUUUCAGAUGUUUGAGCAGAACCUGCAAGUUGCUGCACAGAUUGAUGGUGAUUUCAAAGAGCAAGUUCUGAAGCUCUGCCUGAAACAGAUGAACACUUUCCUCAUCAGGUACAGAGAGGAGGCCAUGGCCUACAAAGAGGAGCACCUGAGAGACAGACAGCUGCCUCAGUGUUAUGUACAGUACAUGAUCGCCAUCAUUAACAACUGUCAGACAUUCAAAGAGUCUAUCAACAGUCUGAAGAGGAAGUACUCCCAGUCCUCAGAGCCCACUGACAGUGACGCUGCCAUAGAGAGGACCCUCAACGAGGUGGCCAAGGAGGGAUGUCAGUUCCUAUUGGAUGAAGUUUUCCUAGACCUCGAACAUCACCUGAACGAGCUGCUGACCAGGAAGUGGCUGACAGGUUCUCAUGCUGUGGACACCAUCUGUGUAACAGUGGAGGACUACUUCAAUGACUUCAACAAGAUCAAGAAACCAUUCAAUCAGGAGAUGACGAGCGAGGCCCUGCGCAGGGUGGUGGUGGAGUACAUUAAAGCAGUGAUGCAGAAGAGGAUCACCUUUAAAAAUGCUGAUGAGAGGAGGGAGGGAGCAGAGAGAAUGAUCAAAGAGGCGGAUCAGUUCAAGUUCCUCUUCAGGAAACUGGCUGCUGGUGAAGACACAGAUCGACUUUGUGGUGCCAUCGCUGCCAUCGCUGAAGUGUUCAAGCUGACUGACCCCACACUGUUGUUCCUGGAGGUCACUACCCUGGUGUCCAAAUAUCCCGACAUUAGAGAGGAGCACAUCCAGGCGUUGCUGGCAGUGCGCGGCGAUGCCAGCAGGGAAAUGCGCCAGAUGAUUAUAGGGACUCUCAGCGAGAACAAGGUGUCCUACUCUGGAGUGACACAGCCCAUCUUUAAAGACAUCACCGUGCCCACCAUCACCAUGACGACCAUGACUACCAUGACCUCCAUGGCAACUGCAAAGCUGCUCAAAUAAAGCUGAUCACCAUAACACCAUUUCCACCUUCAGCACCUUCAGACACAAUAACAUCAGCCAACCUAUUUUUCCAGGCACUAAAUUCUUUGAAUGUUUAAUGCAGUGGGCAGUGUUCUACUGUCCACACCCUUAAUUUGCUGUUUUUAUUGUUAUCCUGAUCACAUCUCUGCUUCAAAAAAAUAAUAAAAUCCUAGCUGUAAAAAAUGGACUAUGGUGUG